CCCUCCUCCCUCUCUUUUGCCUACUCCGCUACGUCGUCUGGAAGCCGGCGGACCACCACCCUAAGCCACUCCCAAGCCCUUUAUAAGACGAGGAGUCCCGAGUUGUCAGUACACCAGACCGUCCCCAGUCGGUUAGCUCAACAGAGCAAACGUACCUGUUUUUUUCCAGUUCACUCGCCCCCAGACUUAAUUCAUCAACAUGUGUGACGAUGAUGUUGCGGCUUUGGUUGUGGACAACGGAUCCGGUAUGUGCAAGGCUGGAUUCGCCGGAGAUGACGCCCCCCGUGCCGUCUUCCCCUCCAUUGUCGGCCGUCCUCGCCACCAGGGUGUCAUGGUGGGUAUGGGACAGAAAGACUCGUACGUCGGUGACGAGGCCCAAUCCAAACGUGGUAUUUUGACUCUGAAAUACCCAAUUGAGCACGGCAUCAUCACCAACUGGGAUGACAUGGAAAAGAUCUGGCACCACACCUUCUACAACGAGUUGCGCGUGGCUCCCGAGGAACACCCCAUCCUCUUGACUGAGGCCCCCCUUAACCCCAAGGCUAAUCGUGAGAAGAUGACCCAGAUCAUGUUCGAGACCUUCAACUGCCCGGCCAUGUACGUUGCCAUCCAGGCCGUCCUCUCCCUCUAUGCCUCCGGUCGUACCACUGGUAUCGUCCUCGACUCCGGUGAUGGUGUCUCCCACACUGUCCCCAUUUAUGAAGGUUACGCCCUGCCCCACGCCAUCCUCCGUCUGGAUUUGGCUGGUCGCGACUUGACUGACUACUUGAUGAAGAUCUUGACUGAACGCGGUUACAGCUUCACCACCACCGCUGAGCGUGAAAUCGUCCGUGACAUCAAGGAGAAAUUGUGCUAUGUCGCCCUGGACUUUGAACAGGAAAUGGCCACUGCUGCUGCCUCCACCUCUUUGGAGAAAUCCUAUGAAUUGCCCGAUGGUCAGGUCAUCACCAUUGGCAACGAGCGAUUCCGCUGCCCCGAGGCCCUCUUCCAGCCCUCAUUCUUGGGUAUGGAAUCUUGCGGUAUCCACGAGACCGUCUACAACUCGAUCAUGAAGUGCGACGUCGACAUCCGUAAGGAUCUGUACGCCAACACUGUCUUGUCCGGAGGCACCACCAUGUACCCCGGUAUUGCUGAUCGUAUGCAAAAGGAAAUCACCGCCCUUGCCCCAUCCACCAUCAAGAUCAAGAUCAUCGCUCCCCCUGAGCGCAAAUACUCCGUCUGGAUCGGUGGCUCCAUCUUGGCCUCUCUGUCCACCUUCCAACAGAUGUGGAUCUCCAAGCAGGAAUACGACGAGUCCGGCCCUGGCAUUGUCCACCGCAAGUGCUUCUAAAUCAUCUGGCGCUUUCCGAUGGGGGCGAGACUCGUUUUCGACUCUAUCGUCCCAAUUCUUUUCAAUUUUUAUUCUUCUCUUCUUCGUCUUUUCUUCCAUUUUCCUGUCUUUUCUUUACUCUUUUUCGUCUCUCUUGACGUUUUCACUUCCCAGUUCUUAUUUAUUUACUCACUGUCUCUGUCGACACUUCUUGCAAGAAAUAUUGAUUGAUGAUGGGUUUUUCUUCUCUUUGCCUAGUUUUGAACACAGCUAAAAACACCCGCCCACCCUAUUUUUCACUUCGAAGUCAAUUAAUUGGCCGUUCUCUUGAUUCCUUAAUACCAAACUAUCUUCACGCCAUACUGUUUCUCUGUUAAACCCUUUUCAUUUAUUUUGAAAAAAGCUGUUGACGUCUGUGCCUUAAUUGAAUACAUGCAAACGGACUUGGAAGUGA